AAACUGACCAAUCACCGCGGAUGAGUGUGAGAGAACCGGAAGAAAUAAACGGAAGUUUACAAAAACACAACGACUCAGCUAACACUUAGCGAGCAUUUUUAUUCUAAUAAACCUCUGAAAGGCUUCGGUUGAAUAACACGGAGGAAACAUGGUUUGUGAGAAAUGUACGUACAACACUGUUUAGAUGCUGUCUAAUCGUAAAUGUGACUUUUAGAAAGAAAGAAGCGUUUUUAGGAAGCUAACGACGUGAGUGCUAACUAGCUCGGCUAACUGUUAUUGUUGAACUCUUGAUCUUUUGAUCAACUCAUGAUCUCUACCUUCAAUAUUGUUUGUUAUUUUUAUUCCAGGUGAGAAGAAGCUCGGUAAAGUUAUCACACCUGACACCUGGAAGGAUGGAGCACGUAAUACAACAGGUUAAUACACGUUUGCUGUGAGAUUUGACCAUAAUUACAAUCGUUAUAUCAGGAAUAACAGAUUCUUCUGUUGGUUUACAGUAGCUGUAAUUGUCUUUUCAGUAGUAAAAUUCAACCCCCAGAUUACUCUGAAACACUUUUGACUACAUGUUUUUUUCUGGACGCAUGUUUGUUCAUACUCGUAAAAGCUAAUACAUGAUGGAACAUUACCAAAUAUUCCGACGUAAAAUUAAUUGAGGGUCAAACACACCGUGCACACGGGCUACAGCGGGGUGACGCAGCUCAAGGAAGAACAUUUACUUAGUUCAUUUAGUUCUUCUGUCUUAGCGUCUCAGUCUGAUUGAAAUUGAAAUUAGGCCAAGUUAAAAAGAUGUUUGGUGGCUAGUGCUAUGACUGGGACCCUAUAUGUACUGUUGAUGAAGUUAGGUGCUGUUCUGAGCAUUAUUUGUGGCUAUAGAGUGGCAUUUUGGUUGAGGUUUGUUUACGGCUCCUCAGACCGCUGUGUAUUGCUAUCGUGAGGUUGUUACUAAAGUUGGUAUAACUAGAGAAGCAAGCGGUCGGCAACAUUCAUCUGUUGAGGGGGGUGUCUAACUCGGUGUUGCGGUGUGUUUGACUCUAAAUCAAUCUAACGCCGGAAUAUCCCUCGCUUUAAUGCAAUUAUGACCACAAUGAAUAGUGUCUGCUUUCGUGGCCAUGCAUUAUUGGGCCAUGGUAGCCACUGUAUUAUGUCAUGGUUUUACAUUAUGUACUUGUAGCCAUAAAGUAAUACUUCUUUACACAGUAAAACCUAGCAAUAAGUUAUAGUCAUUGGAGGAACUCUAUAGGUACCUGAUCAAAUAUCUGGGAAAAAAUUAAGGGUAUUUGAGUCUAAUCUCAUUCCUGCUUUCACUCCGUUGUCUGUCAGACCUCUUUUGAUUUCUGAAAUAUUAUCUUACUGACAUAAAAAUGUUAUAUGGAGUUCAUUCUGCUUCUUCCAUUCAGAGGGAGGUGGACGCAAGCUCAAUGAAAACAAGCUCCUGACUUCAAAGAAAGCCAGGUGAGCUGUCCAAACAAAUUUCAAACUAAAGUACGAUGUGCUGUUACUCAUCUUAACUCAUGGAACUUUUUUCUGGCCUCUUUUAGGUUUGACCCGUACAGCAAGACAGGCUUUGCAAUCUGCAGGAUCUGCAAGAGCUCAGUUCAUCAGUCUGGAUCACACUACUGUCAGGGCUGUGCAUACAAGAAAGGUAUGAACUUAGACUAUAUACCAGGCUAAACUUAGUUUAUUAUCUGGCCAAUACUGGAUAGGAGCAUAACAUUCAACAUGUAAAAUCCGCACACCUCAUUGUGGUAAAAAGUGGCCAUAUAGGAAAAAAACAAGCUGUGUUUUCUGUGAGUUAUCCUGAAUAAAAAGGACUCUAUACUGGGAAGAAGGCAUUGCUAUGUUUUAGUGUCCACAUGGCUUGUGGACACUAAAGGUGAGUAAAUAUGUUAUUUUACUCUUGAAUGAACCAGCUCUUUAUCAUCAAAACAAACCACAUGGGGAAAAAAGUAAACAAGAAUAAAAGCAGAACAAAUGGGCACGUACAUGGUUCGAUAAAAUGUAUAGAUUUGUUUGAAGUUUGUUUGCUGAAACCGAUAAAUCCAAAUAAAUCGGUAUCUAAAAACCUUGAAGUGGAGAGUUGCAGUCGGCGGCCAACAAACAGGCCAGAUAAAGGGGCAAUGGGUUCACAAUAAAAUGCAUAAAAACAAGUGAAGGGCAGGUUCACAUGUGGUACAUAAUGGCACCAUGCCAGUUUAUUCUACAAACAUUACAAUGACUUCAGUGAACUCCAACAAAGUGUCCUGAAAUUGCCAUCCAACAGGUGUCUUUUGGAUUUAAAAACAUGUUGUUGCCCAAUUGCUAAGACUCUUCCUAACUGCUAAUUCUUUUCACUUUUUUUUUUUUUCAAAUUUGGAGUUACUUUUCCCACAAGGCACUUUUUCCCUUAAAAUUGUUGACAACUAUCAGCUCAGUGUUGAAACAAAUCACGCAGCAAGUCAAGUUAAUUUCUCAUACAGUAUCCCAGAAUCAAAAACCCACUUCAGUUUGACGUUAUUCAACAAAACACAAUAAUAACUUGGAGAGAAACCAAGGCAGGAUGAUGCUCUUUUGUCUCAUCCUGAAGGGCAUAAUUGACCCCAGCAGCUGAUUUCCUUUCAAUCUCAAUGUCUGUUGACAUUUUCGUUUCCAUUAACCAGUAUUUAAACACUGCCAUAGUCCAUACCAUGUUCUGUGUAAUGUUUACUUUAUGUCUGUCUUUUUAAAAUUUUUGUCAAUAUCUCGGUCAUACAGUUCCUUCACCUCCUGUGGGUUUGCUGUGCUGUUUUUCUUUCUUUUCCUCUCCACUUCAUUUCUUUCCUUUUGGCCUCUGGUCCAUCAGGUAUUAAAUGAACCGGAUUACUUUUUUCAGAUAAAUUAGAUAGAAGUAAUUCUCCAGAUUAUGUGAUCCACAAUGACUUCAAUGAUCUGCUCAUAUAUAAUAUCGGAUUGUAAAAUGACACGUUAGUCCAAUGUCCAAGUUUUCAACAAAGCUGUGUCAAAAGUAGCAGCUGGGGUAGCUCCUGGGCUUCGCUCUCCUGCAGUGUUUCUCUGUCUCCUUAUGGCUGGGACACCUUCACACAAAAGACUAAACAGAUUUCCCACCUUAGAUCAUGUUCGGAACAGAGUCUGACUGGUUAACAGCAAUGUGUGUCUGUGAUGUAGCGCUCCCCCCACCUGGAGCGUUGGACUUGACGGCGUUAUCAAAUGAGCAGAGAGAUUUUCAUGCCGUGUAAAAUGUGGAUGUCUUUUCAUUCCACCAAUGUCACAGGAGCUAGUGAUCAUCUAAUAAAAACAACAUGCAAACUCACAGGGUUAUCAGCUCCUUCCUCUCUUACAUAAACUGUCCAUCAAUACUUUGUGAAAUAUUUAAGAUCGUAUUUAUAUACCUCCUAUGAUGCAAGCAGUAUUUUAAGGUUGAAUCAAUAUGUUUGUACUAUGGGACUACAUGAGUAUCUGAGGCUGCAUGUAGCAGGGCAGAUUGCAAACCUUUUCAUUAUUUCAGCUUUCUGACACAGUAUUUUGCCUCAGAAAGCUGCUUUUUUAAAAAUCAAAAGUUUCUAAAAACUGUUGACCACUACUGCGAAGCAUCAGAGAUCAGACCACAUUAGCCACCAACUUUUGGCUGCUAAAAAGACAAUGCAAGAAAUUGUUAUUAAUCAAAAACAGUGAAAACCAAUAGUCACCUGCACAAAAAAAUAAAAAAAUAACAACAGUAAUCAGUAGCAUGCAUUAAAAUUGGAUUUUUAAAAGUUACAGACAUAAUAGUCAAGGCUGCAGCAUAAUCCAAGACAUGCCUGACAUUGCGACUGUACAAACUGUUCUUUUCAUUAAUUUGUCGAUCUGUUUGUCUUCCGUUUCUCUAUCUCCUCAGGGAUCUGUGCAAUGUGUGGAAAGAAGGUUUUGGACACCAAGAACUACAAACAGACGUCAGUGUGACAACACCACAAUCAGAGAGCGCUUCUAUGCAGCAGUGAAGACAGGAUGUGAUGAUGAGACAGACGUGUGUAUUCACCAGGUUCUUAUGUAGACACCUAUAACUCUUUGACUUUUACUCCACCUACAUGGAAGAGAGACUCAUGGAGGUGUCGCCUUCUUAUUAAUUAAUAUUACCCACUGCCAUUGUAAUUAAUACAGUGGCCAUAACUGAGGAAGCACCAGGUUAACCCUUCGAUUCAUUUGUUUGCUUUUAUAUUUUUGCUUUUAAUAACUGAGUGUAAUUUAUCAUUUUUUGGGAGCGGGGGUGAAUUAAAGCAUUCACUAUGAGCACAUUAAUUUGAUUGUAUUAUUAUUAUUCAUCUGCCCGCAGCUCUGGAGACGACAGUUUUAGCCUCCUACGCACAGUGCUCACAUUUGUCCUGUACGCUGGUGAUAAUCGGUUUACGCUUACAUAAUCAUAUUUGGAUAAAGCAGGCUUUCCCUCCAUUUGGAAACCGCAUGCUCUCCUUCCGUUGUUGUCAGAGACCGAGGUUACAGUUCACAGGCUGUUUGACGACAGCGAUUUGGUAUUUAAAGGCCUGUUUCUGCCUCGGGCCUUGAACCACACGUGCACACUCACUCCUCCUUCCUAUUAUUGAUUUAUAUAAAACCAGUUACCGGUCUCAAGCUAGCACAGGUCAACACUGUGGAUAUUAGGUAAAUGUAGUGUAUCAGUCUAAUUUUAUAGUCUGUAAAGCAAAAGAAAAAACCAUCCGAAUGAAGAUUACGAUCUUAAAAUCGCACAAAAAACACCCAGUUAACAUCAGCGUCAAUACUGGUUUACAUAAGUCUGAAUCCUGUAGUUUGUUAUAUCACUGCUCUUUGGCUCCUGUUGUUCUGCGAUGCAGUGCAUUCAGGGACAUCACUUUAAUGUCUCUGUUUGUACUUGUUACACAAUCAACCAUAGGGCUUUUAACGCUCAGGCGAUGUAGCACUGACCUAAAAGUUUACAGAGGAUUAACUGAAUGUAUAUGACCAUCAAAUAGUACAUAAAUGCACCUUAUGAAACGUUUAUUUUUUAAGAUUUUAGAUUAAAGAAACCACGUUUGUUUGCCAUUCGGUGCAGAGAAUGAAUAAAUAGUUUACAAACUGACUUUUUAUGGGUUUCUAGUUUGAUCUGAAGGGACUCAAAGAACAACUUCUUACGAAAGCACUAAAAUCCCUGUUUUAUAAUGAACUCCUCGUUUGUCCUCGCAGCAAGAUUCAUUACUUGGUUGGAAAAUGGACAAAAGAAAUUCGGACUAACAACUACACAUAUGCCAUACAGGGUGACUUUCUUGGAGAAUUAUUGACCGGCUUAUAAAGAUAUCUGAGAAACAGUUCAAACAUGACAGUAGAAAGCACAUAUACAAAGCCAGUACACACAAAGGAGCAAAUAAAAAAUAAAACAAUGACUUCUAGUCAUAUUAGAUGAUAGUGUAGCUUUCAAGUUAGCCCUAUACAUAUGGAUAAUGUAAAUUAGUCUCAACAUGUGAUUUUUCAGAUACAGUAUGUGCUGCUAAACAUGAAAACACUGACUGCUCAAGGUCAUCGUUUCUUUAUGUCAUGCCACUAAACUUUACAGUUAGUGCUCUGGUCUUGAAUUGAUUGUUGGCUUGGUUUAAUAAAUGUAUAAAGUGACAGAAAGACAACCAAGAAAGUGUCACAGAAAUCAAAUUUCAGCCGUUUUGACAUCAAAUUUUGGUUGAAUUCAACAAUCAAUUCAGCUCUUAUCCAGUGGUGUCUCAGUAGUUAAACACAGUUUAAACAUUUAUUUUAGGAUAUAAACAGCAAACUCUUAAAAAGUGUCCGCUCAUGAACUACUCACGGUACCCGUCUUGAUCCAAUGAAACUGGGUCUUGAACCCAUGUUUACAGACCUGGAAUAAAACACACACAGCCUGUUGACAUUUGGAUGUAAACACAGAGUUAAUAUCCAAGUAGAAUCGUUGACCAAUCAGAGGAUAGUCAUCAGUGGUUUGUCUUAUUUUUAGCAGCAACAACUAUGGCAGUAUCAUCAGCAUACAGGUUCAUUGGACCAGUGACUGGACGGUGUCACGCAGGUUAUCAAUCCACAAAAAUCUAAAAAAAAAAGUGGACCUGAUGUGGAAACCUGAGGUACACCGACAUUAAUGUCCACAUCUGUGGCUUUUUGGGUGAUGCAAACACAUUUUUUUUGGAAUGUUACAUAAUCUGAUUCAGACCCUUGAUCUUUACUUAAAUCAGGUCAAACUUUUACUCGAGUUCAUGAUUAAGUCAAAAAUGAACAUGUUUAGUGUCACUUAACUGGCCUACUUUACAAAGAUGGAGAAACUGUAAAUAUUGAUUGGACUGUCGUUUUAUGUCUUUUUGUGUUUUUAUUCCAUUUAUAUUGUCCAAAAUGGGUAAAGGAGGAGGCCUACAGAGCAGAUCACCCUGACACUGAGCUUCACAUUUUCUCUUUCAUUGAUAUAGAAAACAUGAGAUUGGCGACCUUUAAAAUGUUGCUGUGUUUUUAUUCAGGCGUAUAACAUUCAACAUACAUGAUACAAUGUUCAUUGAUGGAACUAUCAGUCUAUUAUGUGCUUCAUUCAUUAAUUUAACUCUUUGUAAUACAUACAUCAGAAUAAUUUCAUUCAAAUCUUACAAAUGUAGUAAUUUACAAAGACAUUAGAAAUGUAUAUAUAAAGCACACGUAGUUUGUUCAAUUAUUUAAAUCACUGGACUGCGUGUGUCAAAUAAUAAAGCAAGGAAAGCACCAGUUAAAUUCCCAUAAAAAGUAUUGUCAAGCUGCAAUAUUGCACUCAGUUUAACACUUUAUAACAACAAUAUUGCUAUGAAAGAGUACUAAAGGCACCAUGAGUGUGAGUCAUAUUUCCUAUUUCUGUUCACAGUGAUUUGAAAUGAUGGAGUUCUGCAGCGGGACUGAAAUCUUCAGUGUAUUAAAGGUGAUCUUCGGAGUUGACUUUGACUCUGCAUCAAACAGUAGCUUUGUUAUGACCUGCUAUUGGUUUGGGUGUUUUCUUAAAUCAAAGUCAGAUGCAGGUCCGCUGUUACUCUAGAGCUUUCUGUGUGCUAGAGUAGACAGAGGCUCAGGAGUGAAUGGUGUACGACAUCAGUUAGAGGGUCUGCGACAGAGUCAGGAACUCCUCUCGAGUUUUGGGGUCCUCUAGGUAAAUUCCCAACAUGGUGCUCGUCACAGUUCUGCUGUUCAUCUUCUGGACGCCGCGCAUGACCAUGCACAUGUGCCUGUGGACGCAAAUACAUGUGCAUUGCUGAGAUUUUGCAACUGUAACAUUACUGACUUUGUUUAUGAAGAUGGUGUACUUACGCUGCCUCAAUGACCACAGCGACACCCUUCGGUUGAAGAGCCUCUGAUAUGCCUAAAGCGAUCUGCUUGGUGAGACGCUCUUGAACUAAAAGAAUAAAAAACAUAUGACAUAAACCGAUGGGAUUACACUCAUAUUCCCAACUAAACGGUUAAGCACCACGGCUGUAUACAAAUCUUACCUUGAAGCCUCCGACUGUAGAUCUCCACAAUCCUGUAGAGAUCAGAGCACAAGCAAAACGUAGAGGCGUGAUUACCGCGCAGAAGUAACAAUGAUUAAUCUUUUGAUAAAUAGAGACUGGCAUCAGGCCUUGUACCCUGGCCUUCACUCAGUCUGUCCAGUGGUAUGGGCUCUUCAUCUGUGAAUCAUUCACCCUACACAAUUCUCUGAAUCUGUAGGGCAAGAUUCAACCAAAGAAACUCAGUGACUCCGUUUCUGCUCAUCGGUGGAGGUGGUGUGAUAUUUAAGGGGAGGAGAGGGGACGAGGCUGCAGUGAUAUCAGAGGAUCCUCACAGGUCUAAAAGGAUUUUCUCAGCGGAGAGGGUUUAUAGUUGUGUCUGGAGUGUGCUUGAUGAGACGGGGUCUAGGCUUAGACUUAAGCCUCCAACUCAAUGUACUUAGACAACAGGAGAACACAGCCCACCGGCACUAACAUGUAGUGUGUGUGAGUGUACUUUUAUUACCUUGCGAGCUUGCUCAGGCCCACCACUUUUUUGUUGGGGAUAUACCCGAUGUGAACCUGGAGAGAGGUCACAACCAGAGAGAGCAGAGGUCAGACAAUCAGAGCGAAACCCUGGUAAACACUGGCAACGCAAUUCUGGACUCAAAAUGAUGAGACAGAUCUACAGCACAGGGGGCAGUUGUUUUUAUAAGGACAAUCUGAUUUCGCUAUGAACCCAAAAACCUCCAUGAUAUCCUUUUAGGUUGACACACACAGGCUUACCUUGCCAAAAAACGGCACCAGGUGAUGCUCACACAGAGAAAACAUGUCGAUGUCCUUCACAAUCACCAUCUCGUCGUGGUCUUCAUCGAAUAUUGCAUUGUUAAGGAUGUCUAGAAGGCAAAAAUAUGCACAUUUUAGGAAAUUAGAUCCAUUAUAGAAGACUUAAGGUGACCCCUAAAUAUCCUUAUAUUUCCAGUACAAAUAAUUUGCUUUAAUGUGCAUUCUAGGGUAUCUGAUGUUUCUUAUAAAGGCUUUAAUCCAAACUAUUCUGGGAUCUAAGUAACUCUUAAAGCACUUGAGAAUAUUACCUAACAUAAAUUCUGACAUUUGUGGAAGUUACUAUUAAAUUUUGUUGCUUUUUUGCUACUUUUUAUUCAACUUUAGGCCCUUAAAUCACUUAAAAGCGGUUUCAUCUUCAUAGAAAAUACAAAAAAUUGCAGUUUUUACGCAUUAGUUCAAGUUUCUUCACCAAAAUGUCUAUCGUUUUUACGCACAGGUUGAAACAGACCAUAUGACAAUCAUGACUGACACCCACUUUGUUCCUCAUAUGUCGGUCCCACAGAGACACCCCUCGACUCACCCUCGAUGGUCUCGUGGUAGCCUUUGGUCAGGAACUGCAUGGCCUUAGCGGCGCGCAGCGGGGUGCGCAGCAGCCCCUGCCUGUCCGUGUCUUCCCCGAGGUCCCGCAGGAUGCUGGUGUAGGCAGCCUCCAGCGUGGGCAAGCGGGACUGAUCCUCGGCCUCUUUGCGGGACGUCUCGUGCUUGCAGAGCACGGCGGACUUCUUGGACUCCAUGAUGAGGUCGUUGAAGCUCUUGUUGCAGUUGAAGUCCUCCACGGGGUCGCUGCACAGGCCGUUCAUAUCGGAGCGCUUUUUGUUGACUCGGUAUGAGGAAGAGAUGAGGAGGUGGAGGAGGCUCCUGAACUUGGGACAGCCGACAAGUUUGAUGUGUUCACGCAGCGCCUCCUGCGUUUAUAAAGCCCGAACCGGCUGCCGCGUGCGCAUCAGUCUCCCAUUCGUCAAGGUCCAGCCUACGUCAAACGUUUAGUUUCGUCAGCUGGGUUAAAUGUCAUCACGGACCCCCUCCCCCUUCUCUAUCC